CACUUACGUUACUGAUAAAAUUUUAAUAAAUACGAUCGUGGAUAAUAUACCAUAAUUUUUCUCAAUGAUAUUCGAUAAUACUAGGUCAAGUUAAUGUUUUUUUUUACAAUGUUGACGGUUCCUUAAAAUAUAACCAGUUUUUAUCUUAAGAUGGCUACGAAUAAUGCAGGACUUGAUACAGUUAAAGAAGAAACUUUGUUACUUGAACGUCUAAUUGCUCUAAAAAAGCAGCUUGAUGAUGAUGGAACAGACACACAGAAAAACCAAAAUCAUAGAGAAAAUAAUAUUACUAAUAGUAAUAUAAUUUCUUCCAAGUUUAAGUAUCGCAAAAUCAAUAAUUUCAAAACCAAUGCAUUUAUUCCAACACAGACAAAUAAAACUAGUUAUUUAAUUAAUAUAAAUAAUACCAAACCCAAUGGUCAUACAAAUCAUAAUAAGAGUAAUUCAAAUGUUUUAUAUUCUCAAAACAAUUCUAUGACUUCUAAUGUAUUUAUUAAACCUAAUACAGAAAGUGUUACACAUGGAAAAACUAUACUUAAUGAAAAAAACUCUAAUACACUUGAUAAUUUUAAUCAUUUAAAUGGCAAUCAUUGUAUUAAAAAAUGUAGCAUUAAUCAAAUUUUAAAAAAAGGCAACUUUCAUGGAAAUUUUUUGCCAUUUGAUGAUUCUUAUCCACAUGUGAAUAUUUCUCAAAUAGUUAUUAAUAUUGAUAAUUACUUAAAUAAUGUAUAUUCUUAUAUGGAUGCAUCUCAUUACAUUCUUGAAAAAAAAAGUGAAUAUAAUUUAAGAUUAAAUAAUCCUUUGAAAAAUUAUCAUUCAAAGAAUGUGUAUGUAAAUAGAAAAUUUCAAAGUAAAUUUUCUGGAAAUAUAUUGAAACCAAUUGUAAAAAAACAAUUAAUACCAGUUAAGAAAGGUCUUCCCAGCAAAAGAACUGUUUCUAAAAUAUCUAACAAACUAAAUGAUUCACAGACUCAUGUGAAGAUAGGUAAAACAAAAUUGAUAAAAAAGUCAUUAAUAAAUAGUAAUAAAUAUAAAUUAAACAAUACUUCCAUUUUACUGUGUAAAAAAACUCUUCAAAAGCCAUUUACUUAUAAUAUAUCAAUUAAUAAAUCAAUUUCUUCCACUCAAUCUUUUGAUGAAAAUAUUGAAAACGAAUCAAUGAACAUAAAUGAAAAUACUAAAACAAAGUUCAAUACUAAUAAGUUAAAGUGGACCAGACCAAAUAUUUUGAUGGUAAAUAAUUUCAAUAGACUUGCAGAAUCUCCUAAAUCUGACAAACUCAUUUUAUUUGGAAGUAAUAAAAUAAUUCGACAGUCACUUAUAAGUUCUGCACAAUCAAAAACAAACAUAUAUUUGUCUAAACAUCUUUCUCAUAGAUUUGCAUUAAUAAGAAAAUUACAACUAAAAAAUAGUAAUAAAAAAAAAAUAACACAAUUAAAUUGUGAACAAAAAAAUAAAAAUACUACACUUUGUAAAAAAAAGAUGUCAGAUUUGCUUGAAAAAAAUUCUAAAAGGAAGAAUACUAUAUACUCUUAUAUAAAUCCAAACUUAAGAACUGUCAAUUUUAGUAUCAUUGCAGAAAAAGUUAAAUUUCCAAUUAAUACGUUAAAAAAAUUACCCACUGGCUUAACUCAUAAUAUCCAUCACAUGAAAAAUUUAGUUUUACCUGAGGAUAAAUUACCUCCUAAGAGUCAUAUGAUAAAUUCUGAUAAAUUCUCAUUGAAUAAAAAAGCACUCUCAAAACAAUUAUGUAUAGUAUUUAAUCGUUUGGGAAUUUGUUCUAAGUUGAUUGAUGGACAGUGUGAUAAACGACAUUAUAAAAAAUACAUUGCAUUAUGCACAAAAUAUUUGUCUGGAGAUUGUUCUGGUAAAAAUUGUUUACUAUCACAUAAUAUAGUUAAAGAAAAAAUCCCUUUUUGUAAACAUUAUUUGAGUGGUGUCUGUGUUCAGUUAAAUUGCCAGUAUUUACAUGAAUAUAGAAAACCAGGUACUCCAAUAUGCAAGAAAUUUUUACAUGGUUAUUGUAUUCUAGGAAUUAAAUGUCCUAAAAACCAUUUAAAUAUUUGUCCAAUUUUUGAAACAAAAAAUAAAUGUCCACAUGGUCAGAAAUGUUUAUAUCCUCAUGAAAAAAAUGUUGAAAAAGUGAAAAAUGAUGCUGACAAUAAUGAACUUAGAUAUUUUGAAACGUCAAUUCCAAAAGUAACAGAAAUUAGUGGCAAUAACAAUCAAAUUGUCCCUAAGCGUCAUGCUCCUUUACUAGAUUUACCAUCGUAUAUACCAUUAAACUAACAGAUUAAAUUUACUAUAUUAUCACUGUGAGAGUUUGGUAUGUAUUUCUUAAGUCAAUUAAAAUUUAAAGUUUGCAUUUUAUCAUGUAUAUAAAAAAUACAUAAGGCUGCCAUGUUAUUUUAAGAUAAGUAUAUAUAACACAUGAAAAUUAAUUUGAAGAAUACAGAAUUAGUAAACCUAUUUAUUUAUUUUAUACGAGUGCUCUUGUCAAUAGAAUAAUGUAUGUAUUUUCUAACUUCUAACUAACAUUCAUUACAUUUUUUAUUUUUAAAAAUAAAAUUGAAAGUAUGUUUAUUAAAUUCAAAUAAUGGAAUAUUUAUGUUUCCCUUUAUUGUUUGGUAUGUUCUGCAUAUUUUAACUUCUAUUUUACUAAUGAUAACUUAAUUCAAUGAUAUUUAUGAUUGUUUCAAAUAAAAACAUAUAAUUAUAUAUUUUGCUCCUAUCUGCUUAUGAACCUUAUGUUUCUUAGGCUGUAAAAGUUACCAGUAUCCUAAUCAUAUAUUUAUUUUAAUAGGUGAUUAAAAUCUUAAGAAACUUUCUGGGAUUAAUAAACGGUUUAAUUUACCUCUCUAUUUCUCGUAUAAGAUAUCCCUGUCCUCCAAGUUUACCACCUCUUCCAUAAAUAUUUUGAUGAUGGAAUAUUUCUUUUUCCCUUAUACUUUCAACACCUUUAUUAAAAUCCAUUGAUCCUUUAAAAGUUGAAAAUUAUCAUCCUAAUGUAAAGAUCUCCAUUUGUCCAAGAUCUUUGAAUACUUGGUUUAUAAAUCCAUAAAAUUUUCUGUUAACCAUAUUUUAGUUUAUAAACAACUCGUUCUGGUCGAUCCAAUGUGUAACAAGAUUUUAAGUUCUUAUAUUCAUUAAUAUUUCUGUCAUUUACAUUGACUAUUCUAAAAUCUUUGA